CCUACUUCAUUGAUUUGCAAGGGAUCAGCCAGAAGAGAAGAAGAGAAGCUGAGCAGAGCUGGAAUAAGCGACAAAAGGGACAUUGUUCAAAUCAAAUGAGUGAAAACAAAUCAUUUCUUCGACUCUUGCUGGGGUUCCUUCUCAGUGCGACAGGUGUACAUGCCUCCUGUCCCAUUGAGUUGAGCCCCCCCAGUGUUGUGGUGAAAUAUGGAGACCCAGUUUCAGUAAACUGCAGAACAUCGGCGAGCCAGAUCGAAGGAAUGGGCUGGGAGGCUACACAUGAAGGCAUAAGUCUAGUGAAGGCCAAUAAUUUGACCUGGACUGUGAACGUAACAGCAUGGGCCACCACUGCCUCGUGUUACAUCAACCUAUUAGAUGGUCCAGAAGACCAGUGCUCUGUGAGACUAAAACUUGUAGUUUACACAUUUCCAGAAACCAUCAACAUUAGCAGCAGCAGCUACGAUGGUGUGAUGAAAGAAAUGGAGGAAUAUAAGUUCACAUGUAACAUUGACAAUAUAGCACCUGUUCAGGAUCUCAGAGUAGUGUGGUACAAAGGAGAUACAGUCCACUAUACAGACACUUUUAACAAUACCAGCAAGGAACCAGUGAAUCAGCCAUCUGUCCUCAGCUUUAUACCGAAGAGAGAAGACAACGGAGUCACAUUCAGAUGCGAGGCACAUUUGGACCUGGGUCCAGAGGGCCCACACCUUAGUGUAUCAUCACAGGAGUAUAAUAUCACAGUUCACUUUGGACCAGAUGUAAACUGUUCUGACCCUGAGAUACUGGAAGGGGAAACUUUGGAGAAACAUUGCCUUGUGACUGGAAAUCCCUACCCGGCUGUCAGGUGGCUGAAAGAUGGACAGCACGUAAACUCGUCCACCCCUUUGCGCAGAGGGGAUGCAGGGCUGUACACCGUUAAAGAUGAGGCCUCUUCCUUCAUCCACAAACUCCGGGUUUUUGUAUUGUAUGGACCAGAGUUGAUGUGUCCGAGCUCUUUCCAUGCACUGGAGUAUGCUCCUCACAACCUCACCUGCACGGUUGAGGGUUAUCCUCAACCUGAUAUAAUCUGGUAUAAAGAUAGCGAGGAGGUGGAGCUUCCAGAGAACAUAACAAGAAGUGAUGCAGGGCAGUACUUGAUCACAGCUUCAAACAAUCUGACAAGUGUCAGCCUCACAGUCGAGAUUAAUGUCUUAUACCCACCAUCACAGAUAGUUGAGCUUGAAGACUCUGAAGUCUACGUUGGUUCUACAAUGUGGCUAAAGUGUUCCUCCAUGGGCAACCCACGGCCAACAUAUAUCUGGAAUUAUUACCGGACUUCAAAUGUGGUGGAGGAAAAUGAAGAUGGAGUGUCCCUUCUGGUUAUCAACAAUGCUAAUGCAUACAACAUGGGCUCUUACACAUGUCAUGCCUCGAAUGACAAAGGAAAUGUUUCUAAAACGGCCAGAGUCACUGUAAAAGGUGCCAAGCAAGAAUGCCCUAUCGAAAUAACUCCGGACAGGAUGGUGAUUGAAUACCAAAGUAGAGGCCAAAACGCAACAUGCAAGGCAGCGUCCACCGACUCCAGCAAUGUCGACGGAGAAAUACACUGGACGGUUCAAGGCGUCAAAACUGACAGCACAAGUUGGUUUGCUGACACCCAUAAAGACUGGGACCCAGAGCCUUUUUGUUAUGGGACAUUUAAGGGAAUAGGAAAAUGCGGGAAACGUUUAAACUUCACUCUCUACAAAACACCAGACAGUGUCUCCAUCCAUCAUGUGGAAAACUCGAGCUCAGUGUUGGAGAAGAGCGAGUUCAAGCUGCGGUGUGACAUUACCAACGUUGCUCCUGCACAAACCCUCACUGUGCUUUGGUACAGAGGGGAUGAAAUCUUUGAAACAAGCAUCCAAGGCUCAAUGCAAGUGACUGGCUGCCUGUCUGGGAAUAACUCAGACUGUGACAUCAGUAUGAUCCGAUCCCCGUUGAAUGUGUCUUCUAUCAUCACCGUCACUCUGAACAGAACGCACAACGGAAAAACGUUCAGAUGUGUGGCUCGUUUGGAUCUUGAACUUGACGGACAACAAUCGCCUCCAAACAAGACGUCCGAUCCCCUCAACAUCACUGUCAACUAUAAACCCACCAUUAAUACCACAAUGCUUCCAAAGACAAUCCCUGUGUUCAGAGGUUAUCCUGAAGACCUCGUUUGUGAGGCUGACGGUCACCCACCUCCAAAGAUCCAGUGGCUCUACAGCUUAGAAAAAAAGCCUGAUAAGUCUGAAAACAAGCUCACCGUAUUUGAAGCAGGCAUCUACAACUGCAGCGCUACCAAUGAUGUCGAUACUGUCUUCUAUGAGGUCGAAGUGAUUUUAAAAGAGGACUACCUUCCCCUCAUAGCUGGAUUCGUGGCUGUCACAGUAGUCGUCAUCUCCAUCAUCUUCCUCUUCAUCUACUCAAUCUACUACAAGAACACCAGGAUGCGGCGCUACAGUCUUAAAAACCCCAAACUCAGCACCCACAAUGGCAACGUGGCUCACAAUGGCUGGGACAUGCAGUUUCCUAUGACCAAACUGUCUUAGCAGUACAUCUGUUGAUGGCACAGAAUGGAUAGCUGACCACUCUGGAUAAGUUGUAUCUCUCUGCCAACAGAAACUACAGUGUUUGACAGCCUGAAUACCACUCAGCCAGCAGCAGGCUCACACUUUUUGGGAAUCCAUUUUAUUCAUCCUCACAUCUAUUUUCCCACAUAUAAUAGUGUUUUACCCUUCAUGGAAUAAUCUAAUUAUAAAAAUAAUCAAGCUUGGCUUGAGAUGUACAAUUUUAUAUUUACUACUGGAUUUUUCACUGGACAGAAAGAAGAGGCGGAGUAAGGACUAAAAUUUUGGCUCUGACUAUUUUUUAAUGUGCACAAAGGGAAUUUAUGAUGUUAUGAAUGUUUGUAUUGACCUUGGAUUCAAUAAUGCUUGAUUUAAAAAAAAGAAAAUAAUCAUGCCCCCUUGAUAUUCACUCAAACUCAGAUCUCUGUAUGUAAUUCUUUUACAAACCAAUGAUGUUAGCGUGCAUUUAAAGUGGUGAAGUGAAGACCCUGAGACUGCUGUGGUUUUAACACAGUCACACUUAACUAUUUCCACCACUUGCCCCAUUGCUUUUAUCGUACACUCUGUAGAUGUGACAUUGAAUCUGUGAAAAAGAGAAGCAGCUUUGCUCAAUUUGUGGACACCGUUGCUUGUGCAAACAAUGAGCACAUUGCCUGCUCACUAUGUUUUGUAAGCCACUCUGCACUUACGAGUCUGUAGCCUUCUUUGUGCCUACCCUUUGUUGUGCUGUACCGCGUCAGGCCAGACCUUCUGGGGCAAAUUGUCUUGUUCCACAGUUACAUGCUUUUGUAUGAGUGACUGCAGGCAUUAUUGCCCAAUGACAAUCAGAACUGUAUAAUAUUUUAUGUAAAUGCCAAACCUUAUAUUUAUUUAUGAGAAAAAGUAAAAAGUUGAAAAUGGACUGCAGACAGGUAUGUAAAAGUUGAAAAUGUUGAAAGUUUGUGGAGUUGAAGUCGUGCCUACACUUUUGUGAAUACAGCUGUAAAUAUUUGUGACUGGUGUAAAAUCUUAUAGGACUGAAUAUAUCUGAUGUGCAUAAAUGUAUGACUGGAAACACAA